UUCUGACAUGAGCCUCAGAGAGCUGUGGCUGACAACGUUCAGAUCCAGGCAUUUCCUAGACUCCUUCCACACCUGUAUUGUGAGAGCCAGGCGCCAUGGGGAGGCAGAAGGAAAUGCUGACAGCCAUCGGAGGGAGGCUGCGGAUCAGGAAUAAACUUCUACGGCAGGCCUUGGCGGAAUGCCUGGGCACCCUCAUCUUGGUGAUGUUUGGCUGUGGUUCGGUGGCUCAGCUGGUACUCAGCAGAGGGACUCACGCCCGCUUCCUGACGGUCAACCUGGCGUUUGGGUUUGCUGUGACGCUUGGAAUUCUGAUUGCUGGACAAAUCUCAGGUGGUCACUUGAAUCCUGCGGUCACCUUUGCGAUGUGCUUCAUGGCCCGGGAACCUUGGAUCAAGCUUCCGAUUUACACCCUCGCCCAGACCCUUGGUGCUUUUCUCGGAGCGGGCAUCGUAUUCGGCUUGUACUUUGAUGCCAUCUGGGCAUUCGGUGAAAACCAACUCUUUGUAGUGGGUCCCAAUGGGACGGCUGGCAUCUUUGCCACCUAUCCAUCAGAGCACUUGAAUUCCGUCAAUGGAUUUUUUGACCAGUUCAUUGGCACUGCAGCAUUGAUAGUGUGCGUGCUGGCCAUUGUGGAUCCUUACAACAACCCUGUGCCAAGAGGUUUGGAAGCCUUCACAGUUGGCUUCGUCAUCUUGGUUAUUGGGACGUCCAUGGGCUUCAAUUCUGGUUACGCCGUCAACCCAGCUCGAGACUUUGGGCCCCGCCUCUUCACCGCCAUUGCUGGCUGGGGCACUGAAGUUUUCACCACUUCUGGACACUGGUGGUGGAUUCCUAUCGUUGCCCCCUUCCUUGGUGCCAUCGCGGGUGUUAUGGUCUACCAGCUGAUGAUCGGUUGCCAUGAUGAACCACCUCCCGAAGCCAACGACGAGGAGAGUGUCAAGCUGUCCAAUGUGAAGCAGAGGGACAAUGUCUGAAGCUGCUGAGCAAUGCACUUGAUCCCUGGACAAUUUUUUUUUUAAAAAAAGAUAAAAAUUUAAAAAACUGAAAAGCACCAAAGAAGAAAGCAAAACAUCCUCAUAACAGGAUUUUGAAGUCUUCUCCACACUUACUUGUUUGUCUACCUUUGAUGUUUUUUUGUUAAGGCAGCUUUCUCCCAUCAGGUUGCCUCCAGAUCAGUGGUUCUCAACCUUUCUAAUGCCGUGACCCCAUAAUACAGUUCCCCAUGUUGUGGUGACCCCCAACCACUUAUACAUCACUGGGUGCCAGGGGCGUGGCCAAAGAAAAGGGGAAAAAAAUGGCGGACAGCCUUGUUUGGUGACCCCCGUGAAAUGGUCGUUCGACCCCAAGUGGGGUCCCGACCCACAGGUUGAGAACCACUGCUCCAGAUGCUUUUGGAACUAGAAUUCCCAGGUUCCUCGUUCAACCUGCCUGGCUGGGGAUGAUGGGAAUUGGAGGCCCACCAAAUCUGGAGGUCACCGGAUGGAGGGAACUACAUGGGAGUAUGCACGUCUACCCUUGAUCUUUUUGUCAAGGCAGCUUUCCCCCAUCGAGUUCUUUCCAGAUGUUUCUGGAACUAGAAUUCCCAGGUUCCUUUUUGAUCAUGUUGGCUGGGGAGAAUGGGAAUUGCAGCCCCGGCAGGCCUGGAGGUUACCAGGUGAAGGGAGUUGCCUGUGAACAUACAGGUUGAUGUUUCUAUUAAGGUAGCUUUCUCCCAUCAAGUUCCUUCCAGAUGUUUGGGAACUAGAAUUCCCAGGCUCCUCUUUGACCCUAUUGGCUCGGAAGAAUGAGAAUUGCAGUCCCAGCAGAUCUGGAGGUCACCAGAUGGGGGAAACUGCCUGUGAAUAUGCAUAUCUCUUAUCUUGUUGGGGGAUUAUGAUCUAACUUAGCUUGCUCUGUGGGACCACCUGUCCAAUAGUUCUGCUUCCAGGUGGGAUAUUUUGGCUGCCUGGGGCUCCCCUUUCACUAAGUCCUAACAGGUUGCUGCUUUUCUGUUGCUUCUUGUUUUGGCGUGAGAUGUGUUUGGAGGGCAUGGAUUCAUCUUUGUAAAUAAAUUUGAGAAAAGGAUGGGGAAAAGCUAUUACAGCUGCUUGCAAUUCAUUCAUUUAUAGGGCUGGAUUUUCUGCAAAACAUUUAGGGUGAAUGAGUCAAUGAUACAGGAUACAGAAUAAGAGAGUUGGAAGGGACCUUGGAGGUCUUCUAGUCCAACCCCCUGCUCAAACAGGAGACCCUAUAUACCAUUCCAGAAAAAUGGUUAUUCAAUAUUUUGUUGAAAAUCUCCAGUGCUGGAGUACCCACAACUUCUGGAGGCAAACCAGGCUGAAGACCUAAAUUUGGCCAACUUUUUUCUCUUUGUGAGUUACAAAAAAAAAAGGAAUUUCUGACAAUAUGAAUUGAAUUCAAGAGUAUGGAUAGACAGGGAAAAAUCCAGUCAAGAGGAAAAUGCAGUUGUUUUACUGUUGUUGACCUUAAGCCAAACAUUGUAGAAAAAGUGUUUGGAGGGUCUCACGUUGCCUUUCUAAUCUAGGCCAACUAGAAAUUUGUCUAGAUGAUUCUAGGCAAAUAAUUUUUGUCCCAAGUGUUUAAGUCUUUUGCUUACUGAAAAACCACUUCGUACAUUUAAUUCUGGCUUUAACUUGCUUUUUUCUUCAUUGUCUUAAACACCCAUCUAUAAAAAGAUCUUCAGAUGGUUACUACUGCCACGUGUCAUUCACACCUAGGGAUAUGCGUGGCAGGACUGAGUGUUGAAUUUUGGCCCAGGUCUUUUACACAGGGCUAUUUUUAAUGCCUUGUGGGUAGUACAGCAGAACUGGGAAGAAAAGCAAGCGUAGAUUAGUAAUAUCAGGCAAUACUUCCAGUUUAGUCUAGUAGUGGUUAAGGCAUCAGCCUAGAAACCAGGAGGUGGUGAGUUCUAGUCUGGCCUUAGACGUGAAAUUUGAACGGGUGACUUUGGGCCAACCACCAGGAGAUGGUGAGUUCUAGUACUGCCUUAGCCACGAAAGCCACCUGGGUGACUUUGGGCCAAUCACCAGGAGACGGUGAGUUCUAGUUUCCACUUUAAGCACAAAAGCUGGUUGAGUGACUUUGGGCCAGUCAUUCUGUUUCAGACCAACCCACCGCACCGGGUUGCUGUGUACGAGGAGGAAGAGGUAUUAGAUAUGUUCCCUAUCUUGAGUUAUUUGUAAAAAUAGUAAAGGCGGAAUACAAAUAAAAUCAAUAGAAAUUCAUCUUUAAAAAUGAAACUAUGUAAGAUACAUACAUACACACACACACACACACAGAGAGAGAGAAACCUUUCUAUUGCCCAUGUGAUGCAAGCUUCCUUAAACUAUGGGUCUCCUGAACAAUCUGUAAAGUUUUUACCAUUUGUACUGUAUUUCCAGGUAUUUUUUUUUAAAAAAUGAAAUUAAUACAUGUCUUGUAUAAUUGCUGUGAUUGUUUUGCAGUAUUUGUCAACUGGACGGUAAUAAAUAGAUUGGCAUUGCAAAUGCCACUGUUUGAUACGAAUUAA